CGUCUGCACACUGAAUGAAUCAUAACACGCACCCCAAGUCUGUGUCGACACAUCACUCUCCCCAACUCAGCCGCCCCUCCCUCUCACUUUAACACGCCAUCAGCUAACGAGAAAGGUCCCUGGCUGAACCCUCCACACACUACAGACGCGUGUCGGGCAGCGGCGCGCGGUCAGACACGCGCACCGCUGCCGGACACGGCCUCUCACACGCGGAAGCGGCGCUUGGCCGCCUCCUCGCUCCUCUCCUCUAACUCCUGCCGCCUCGCCCUCGCCUCGUCCUGAUGCUGCUGCUGCCGCUUUGACAGCUUCGUUGCUGCCGCGGGGACCGUGACGGUCGGCUUGUUGUUGGCGGCUGAGGGGUCCUCCUCGGUGCGGCGGGCAGUGGCGGUGUCGUCCAUCGUGUUGGCGCCUCCCGAGCUGCACACAGUGGCGCUCUCGCCCCUCUCGGUGUCCUUUUUGGUGGCCUCGGUGCCUCCACUGGUGCUGGCGGUAACGGCGCUAUUGCUGGUGGGGGCGUCUUUGGUGGUCUCGGUGGCGCCCGUGGAGGGCUUGAAGUUGUUUGCCUUGGUGGGAGGUGGCUGGCUGGGAGCCGGGGUGGGCUCCUCCUCGGUGGGGCGGACAGUGGGGGUGUCGUCCUUGCUGUUGGCGCCUUUCGUGUUGGCCUGAGUGCUCUUGUCGAAGUUUCGUUUGGCCUCCUCCGCUGCCGCCCUGGCCGCCAGCCGGGCCUCCUUCAGGCACGCACCCUCAUCCACCUGCUCGCCGGCAGCCCUCCUCGCCCGCAUCUCGCGCACCUUGGCCAGGUGCGCCUUCUCGGCGGCUACUGAUGCGGCGGCGCCACGCCUUGCCUCGUCCCUCUGCACAAUUAAGUAAUCAGAUGUGCACGGCGGUCACUGUCUGUCUCAUUCGUCAGUUGGUCAAUCACUUACAUGCCCGCGAAGCCUUUCUACCACCACCGCCCAUUCCUCGGGCGUGAAGGAAAAAUUCUGGCGACCCUGACGAUGACAGACAGACAGACACCAACAGAGUGAGAUAGACAUCUGCCACACGAGCACAUGCAGUGAGUUCUUUCGCGGCUCGGCUGCUUACCCCUCCCACACUGCCGCUAAUGAGGUGCGCGCAGGCCACCUCAUAGGCCUCAUACAGCUCCCGGAAUGCCGCCGCAGAGCCACCCUUAUCGGGGUGGCACUUCUGCACACACAGCAGUGCAAAAGUGCGUCGAAUGGCCUCUGCCAUCAACAGGACCUUCCUCACUCACCAGUGGACUUACCAGGCAGCGCUCGCGGUAGUGUGCUUUGAUGUCGGCGAGGGUGGCGGAUGGCCCGAGGCCCAGCACAGAGAGGGCAUCGGUGUGAGAAAGCCCCGGCAUGCCGGCUCGCUACGCCAAAACAAUGAACCAGUUGACCACUCCUCCCGGUGCGCCAUCAGCUCGUCGUGCGCCAGCGUCGUGCUUCCAC